AUGCUCGGGGCACUUAUGGGGUCAUCUGGGGCGGGUAAAACAACACUUCUCGAUGUGCUAGCCCAGCGGAAAACAGAAGGCACUAUAAACAGCUCAAUUAUAGUUGAUGGACGCCCACUCUCAGUAUCAUUUCAACGGUCUACUGGGUAUUGCGAGAAACUCGAUGUCCAUGAGCCUUCCGCAACCACGCCUAGAAAUGAGAAACCUAAGUACAUUGAUACAGUUAUUGAUCUCUUAGAGCUUCAUGACCUGGCAGACACCCUCAUUGGCAAAAGAGUGGCAAUUGGCGUGGAAUUGGUUUCCAAACCCAGUGUUUCAAUUUUCCUGGACGAACCUACAUCUGGCCUGGAUGACCAGUCUGCUUACAAUACUGCAAUUCUGGUCACCAUCCACCAACCUUCAGCACGGUUCUUCGCCCAGUUUGACACAUUACUUUUGCUGAGCAAGGGAGGGAAAACCGUCUAA